AUGGGUCCUGCUGUCCUUCCUAAACAUGUAGCGGCAGUUUUGAAAUAUCAAAAAGACCCAUUGAGGGCUCUGGAAAUAUUUAAUUCUGUUAGAAAGGAAGAUGGGUUUCAUCAUACCAUAUUAACUUACAAAUCAAUGAUUGAAAAGCUUAGUUAUCACGAGGAGUUUGAAGCCAUGGAAAAUGUUGUGGCAGAGAUGAGGGAAAAUGUAGAUAACAGUUUGUUAGAAGGAGUGUACAUUACUGUCAUGAGAAGUUAUGGGAAGAAACAGAAAAUUCAAGAGGCAGUCAAUGUGUUUGAAAGGAUGGAUUUUUACGAUUGUGAGCCAACAGUUUUGUCGUAUAAUGCACUCAUGAAUAUAUUGGUUGAAAAUGGGUAUUUUAAUCAGGCUCACAAAAUUUAUAUGAGAAUGAGAGAUAAAGGGAUUUCUCCUGAUGUAUAUACAUUUACCAUAAGGAUAAAGUCAUUCUGUAAAACAAAUAGACCUGAUGCUGCUUUAAGGCUUCUUAAUAACAUGCCUGUUCAGGGGUGCGAAUUUAAUGCGGUUGCUUACUGUACGGUAGUUGGUGGAUUUUAUGAAAGGGACUAUCAAAGAGAGGCUUCUGAGUUGUUUGAUCAGAUGCUCGGGCUUGGAAUUCUUCCGAAUGUCGCUACAUUUAAUAAGCUUGUACAUAUGCUUUCUAAGAAGGGGCAUGUCCAGGAGAGUGAAAGAUUACUUGACAAGGUUUUUAAAAGGGGAGUGUCUCCAAAUUUGUUUACAUUUAAUAUCUUCAUUCAAGGCCUUUGUAAGAAAGGCCUACUUGAUGAGGCUUCUAGGAUGUUGGACAGCGUGAGAAGAGAAGGUCUAACUCCUGAUGUUGUCACAUAUAACAUACUCAUAUCUGGUUUUUGCAAGAGCUCAAAAGUCACGGAAGCUGAGUCCUACAUGCAUAAAAUGGUUAAUAGUGGUUAUGAGCCAGAUACUUUCACCUACAACACAAUCAUCGACGGAUACUGCAAACAUAAUAUGGUACAAAAUGCUGACAAAAUCCUCAAGGAUGCAGUUUUCAGAGGUUUUGAGCCCGAUGAGUUCACUUACUGCUCCCUAUUGUGUGGAUUGUGUAAUAAUGAUGACAUAGACAGGGCAAUGGACGUAUUUAAUGAAGCCAUUGGUAAAGGUAUAAAGCCUAGUUUAAUUCUCUACAAUACAUUAAUUCAGGGGUUGUCUCGGCAGGGGCUCAUUCUUGAAGCCUUGCAGCUGAUUAACGAGAUGCAGCAAAAUGGUUGCAGCCCAAAUAUAUGGACCUAUAAUUUAGUUAUAAAUGGCUUGUGCAAGAGGGGUUGUGUUGCCGAUGCAAGCAAUCUAAUUAAUGAUGCAAUCACAAAAGGGUUUCUUCCUGACAUAUUCACCUUCAAUACUCUGAUUGAUGGCUACUGCAAGCAGUUAAAAAUAGACGAUGCACUUGAUAUUGUCAAUACCAUGUGGGAGCAUGGUGUUACUCCAGACGUCAUUACAUAUAACACUUUAUUAAAUGGACUCUGCAAGACUUCAAAGUCUGAUGAUGUUAUGGAAACCUUCAAAGUGAUGUUGGAGAAGGGUUGUGUUCCAAACGUAAUUACAUAUAAUAUACUCAUAGAGACCUUGUGCAGAGCUAGAAAAUUAGUCAUGGCCAUGGAGUUGCUUGAAGAAAUCCAGAAAAAUGGUACGAGUCCUGAUGUUGUAAGUUUUGGCACAUUAAUCAAUGGUUUUUGCGAAAAUGGGGAUUUGGAAGGAGCUUUUAAGUUGUUCAGAAGAAUGGAAAAACGAUACAAAUUACCUCAUAUAAUUGCAACAUACAAUAUCAUGAUCAGUGCAUUUUGUCAGAGGUUAGAUACAGACAUGGCAGAAAUGCUAUUUCAUGAGAUGAGCAACAAUGGUUGCCCACCUGAUAAUUACACUUACCGUUGCAUGAUAGAUGGUUUCUGUAAAGUAGGAAAUGUUGAUUCUGGGUACGGGUUUCUCCUUGACAGCAUCAAGAAUGGGUUAUUUCCAUCACUAACAACUUUUGGACGAGUACUAAAUUGCCUUUGUAUGAAGCAUAGACUGCGUGAGGCAGUUGGUAUCAUACACCUUAUGGUACAGAAGGGUAUUGUUCCUGACGUUGUGAACUCAAUUUUUGAAGCAGAUAAAAGGGCAGUGGCAGCACCCAAAAUAGUUGUUGAAGACUUGUUGAAGAAGAAUCACGUAACUUAUUAUGCAUAUGAACUCUUGUAUGAAGCCAUCAGAGAUAAGAAGCUAUUAAAGAAAAAAUUCCAAGCAAAGAUUUAG